ACGUCUAAAGGUGACGACGAGAUAUGGAAAACGUGAGGCGACGGAAGCCAAAAUAAUUGAGGAUUCAUGGGAUGCUUUUUCACUCAAUGGCUUAGAUUCUUCUCAAAUAUGGAACCGCGUUGCAGCUGAUCACUCAUGGUUGGUGGUGACGAUUUUCGGCUGUUCACACACACAUCCCCCUCCCCCCCCCCCCCCCCCCCCCCCCCCCCCCCUCACAGACGGUUGAAACCAAGAAAGAGAGAGACAGCUUCAGAUUUCAUCACAAUCCAGUUUUGACCUUCCUUCUCCUUCGUCUUCUUAUUCAUUCUUGAUGUGAUGUGGAAAGCCUAUGGCAGUAGUUGUCUUGCUUAGUUCAGAAGAGUUCUAUUUUUGUACACUGAAUUGGCCAAACCUUCUUGAUGGGAGCUAAAUUGAGCAUAAACAUUUUUGGGGCUAGAGAGGGUGGUCCCAAUGAGUUUGUACCUGUUGAAACUUGCAAAAAGCAAAAAUUGAUGUCAAACUAUUGGGAGGAAAACCAGAGACUGAUUUCCAGCCUUCCUGAUGAAAUUUCUUUCCAGAUUUUAGCUAGAGUUCCCAGGAUACAUUACUUGAGACUUAAAAUGGUCUCUCGAGCAUGGAAACAUGCCAUUACAAGCAAUCAACUCUUUCAUCUCCGACAGGAACUCGGAACGGCUGAGGAAUGGCUGUACAUAUUGACAAAAGUUAAGGAUGGGAAACUCGUGUGGUAUGCUAUGGAUCCACAGGCUAGACGAUGGCAGAAAUUGCCCCCAAUGCCUACCGUUUCUAUAGAAGAUGAAGCUAAGAAGGGUCUAACUGGGCAACGGAUUUGGAAUAUGGCAGGUUCUAGUAUGAGAAUAGCAGAUGCCAUAAUGGCUUGGCUUGGGAGGAAGGAUGCAUUAGAUCAAAUGCCAUUCUGUGGUUGUGCUGUUGGUGCAAUUGAUGGGUGUCUGUAUGUGUUAGGUGGAUUCUCCAGUGCUUCGGCAAUGAGGUGUGUCUGGCGAUAUGAUCCCGUGGCAAAUACAUGGAAUGAAGCACACCCUAUGUCAAUUGGUAGAGCCUAUUGUAAAACUACAGUUUUAAACAACAAGCUUUAUGUAGUUGGAGGAGUCACGAGAGGCAAUGGUGGUUUGUCACCUCUACAAUCUGCUGAAGUAUAUGAUCCAAAUACUGGCAUGUGGUCUGAAAUGCCGAGCAUGCCCUUUGCUAAAGCUCAGGUAUUGCCUACUGCAUUUCUCGCCGAUCUACUCAAGCCAAUUGCAACAGGAUUAACAUCAUAUCAGGGCAAGCUGUUUGUGCCUCAAAGUCUAUAUUGCUGGCCUUUUUUCGUGGACGUUGGAGGAGAAGUAUAUGAUCCAGAUGUGAAUACCUGGGUUGAAAUGCCCAUGGGGAUGGGUGAGGGAUGGCCUGCAAGGCAAGCUGGAACAAAAUUGAGUGUCACGGUUAACGGGGAACUGUAUGCAUUGGAUCCUUCUAGUUCUCUUGACAAUGCGAAGGUCAAGGUAUACGAUUCCCAAUCUGAUGCCUGGAAAGUUGUGGCAGAAGACAUUCCCAUUCAUGACUUUUCUGAUUCAGAAUCUCCUUAUUUACUCGCCGGUUUAACCCAAAAACUUCAUGUCAUCACCAAAGAUGCAAAUAACAACAUAACUGUUAUGCAAGCUGGUGUGAGAAACCACAAUCUGGCUUCCUUUCAAUCUGCAUCGUCAUCAUCGUCUUCACAGGAUAUCUGUUUCAGAGAAUUGCAAGAAUUAGAAGAAGAAUCUGAAAGUUUUACAAAAGUGAUAGCCACUCGAACCGUUGGGUCAGCCGAACUGGUUAGUUGCCAGACCCUUGUUAUAUAGCCGUGUAUAGUUUCAGCAUAAUUAUUAAUACUCCAAAGUCGAAAGUCUCAGAAUUUUUCUCUUUAUAGCAGCAAAUAUUUUAUGCGGCCGGUAAUAGCAAGUCUUAUUUUCCAAAGUAUUGUGUAGUCCCCCUCAGUGGUUUAAUGGAUUGAAACUUCAUUUUAAGUGGAUAUGUCGUAUUUGCUAUUUAAGAGACUAUUUGCCUUCCUUAAUUUUAAGUUCAUAAGCUGAGAUUUCGUCUUCCAGUCAGUCGCUGAACUGAAAUCUUGCAUGGAAAUAGUCAAAAAGCAGCUGCUCGUUGAAGCUUGAAUUUCCAUUGUACAAAAAUUAUGUAGAUACUUUUGACAAUAGUGGUUCCAGUGUUUGAGCUACUAUGUUUCUUAUAGAAUUGUUUCUAUGGAUAUGAUCUUUUUAUUAAUCUUAA